AGUCGUCAACAAAAAGAAAAAUAUGUAUUUGACUAUCAUAUUCCUGUUCAUCAGUCCCAUUCUUCUUUCUCUUCUAUUCCUCCUUAGAAAACAUUUAUCACAUUUCUCUUAUCCUAACCUUCCUCCGGGAAACGCCGGCUUCCCCUUUAUCGGAGAGAGUUUUUCCUUCCUCUCUGCUGGCCGUAAAGGUCAUCCGGAGAAAUUCAUCACCGACCGAGUUCACCGCUUCUCCUCCUCCGUAGGUAUCUUUAAGACCCACAUCUUUGGGACUCCCACUGCCGUGGUGAUGGGUGCCUCGGGGAACAAAUUUCUAUUCACCAACGAGAACAAGCUCGUUGUCUCGUGGUGGCCCGAGUCCGUGAAAAAGAUCUUCCCUUCCACAGUGAAGAUGAACAUUAAUGAGGGUUCCAAGAAGCUGAGGACGCUUGUUACGCCGUUCUUGAAGCCUGAGGCUUUGAGGAGGUAUGUAGGUAUUAUGGAUGAGAUUGCAAGUCGACAUUUUGAGACGGAAUGGGCCAAUCAAGAUCAACUUAUUGUCUUCCCUCUCACCAAAAAGUUCACGUUUUCGAUAGCAUGCCGUUUACUCCUGAGCAUGGACGACCCCGAAAGAGUAAGGAAACUAGAAGAGCCAUUUAGAAUGGUAAUUGUGGGGAUGUUCUCAGUCCCAAUAGAUUUACCAGGAACAAGGUUUAGCCGAGCCAUUAAGGCGUCGAGGUUGAUCAGAAAAGAGGUUAUCGCGAUCAUGAGGAUGAGGAAAGAAGAGCUGAAGGCCAGGAAAGCAUCAGCGGAACAUGACAUCCUAUCUCACUUGUUGAUGAGUAUAGGAGAGACCAAAGACGAGGAUGUCGCAGAUAAGAUUAUUGGAUUAUUAGUCGGAGGAUACGACACAGCAAGUAUUGUAUGUACUUUUGUUGUCCACUAUCUUGCUGAAUAUCCUCAUGUCUACGAGCAUGUGCUACAAGAACAAAAGGAGAUACUAAAGGGAAAGCAAGAGAAAGAAGGAUUAAGGUGGGAGGACAUUGAGAAGAUGAGAUUUUCAUGGAAUGUUGCAUGUGAAGUGAUGAGAAUGGUUCCUCCUAUUAGUGGCACUUUCCGUGAGGCCAUCGAUCACUUUUCUUUUAAGGGUUUUUACAUCCCGAAAGGAUGGAAGUUAUAUUGGAGUGCCAACGCCACACAUAAGAAUCCGGAUUACUUUCCGGAACCAGAGAAAUUUGAGCCUAACCGAUUCGAAGGAAGUGGUCCGAGGCCUUAUACAUAUGUUCCAUUUGGAGGAGGACCUAAGAUGUGUCCAGGGAAAGAGUAUGCUCGUCUAGAGAUUCUAAUAUUUAUACACCAUCUUGUUAAGAGAUUUAAGUGGGAGAAAGUGUUCCCAAAAGAAACUAAAAUAGUGUUUGAUCCUUUACCAGUACCCGCAAAAGGUCUCCCAAUUAGAAUUUUUCCUCAAUCCUGAUCGUCAAAAGUCUGAAGUUGAUGGAUCACGGGUCAUUGCUACAUUAUUCCAAUAGCCUAUGUAAGAGUUAAGAGUUUUUUGGUAUCAAGUUUUUAUUGUAAUAGUUAACUCAGGGAUACUAAAAAAUAAAAUAAAAAAGCAUCUUGUUUAU